AUGAAUGUCGUCAAUUUGGUUGGAAAAGGUGUCUUGCUAUCCACUGAUUUCAACCUGUUAGUUUCGGUCGAUGCGAUAGGACCAUUCAUGUAUAAGAAGAAAACUUACAAUCUAAUCACCAUGAUUGAUAACUUAACGAAGUGGGUAGAAGUUGGAGUUCUCGAAGAUGGCACUGCAUUAACUGCAUGGAACUUGGUAUAUUCCAUGUGGAUCUGUAGAUUAGGAGUGCCAAUGAAAAUGCUGACCGACAACGGUGCCAUGUUUACUGGCCGUGACUUCUGUGACAAAGUGGAGUCCCUAGGGAUUCGAACUAGUAACGCGACGCCGCAGUACCCGCAAGGAAACUCUAUGGUGGAGUCAUUUCACCACUUUCUCAAAGGAGCCUUGUCAAGAACAAGUGUCAAUAAUUGGUCUUUUGAGGAAGUGCUUGCAUCCGUACUUUACGCCUACAGGUCAACUCCGCAUAUUUCUACUGGAGAAUCACCGUACAGACUACUCACAGGAAAUGACAUGGUACUACCACACUUUCAAUCGUGGACGAACUAUGAAUCGUUGGACACUCGGGCUGCACAUAGAUACAGCCUCAUUACUCAACUACGACAAGAGGCGUUUGAGCAAGCCAUAAGUCGACAGGCGCUAUCCGCUGUUAAGAAGGACCAUCGUAAGUUUGAGUUGGGAGAUGUGGUUAUCUACCAGCUUACUAAGAAAGAUUGUGAAAAGUUAGUGAAGUACUAUGGCAGUGACAAGCUCAUGCCGACAUGGUCAGAACCCAUGCGAAUCACCAAGGUUUUGCAUGAACAACAAGGUACCUACUUGCUUGAGUCAGUGUGGCACAAAGGUCUUAAGCGUCAAGUCAACAAGACCCAAUUACGUUGCUUCUAUCCAAUGCCUGAUCCCAGAUUCGAAGAGUGGUACCGAACAGAGGUUGCUCGUGAUCGUGAAUACCAAACUCAAGGUUCUACGGCGGAACAGCAACGCCGAGAUCGUUUGGAAGCUGCAGAGAAGUUGGGUGUUCGCGACGAACGUGGUCGUUUUGUUGGUGGAGAGCGAGCUCUUGGUGUUGCUGUGGAGAGGGACACUCAUGACUGGCUGUACCCCAGCAGCAAGUUCCAAGAUUUGAUCAUUCCACCAGAAUCUUUUAAGAAGGCCUCAGUUGAACAAGGAUCACAAACUGACAAGGUCUCUGAAGAGGAAGUCAAACCUGACACUGUUGAAACUGUUAAACCCAGGAAGAGAAGACGCAAGAAUGUAAACGUCGUACUUACUAUGUUACCAAGUCUACAUCCGCCGGAAGGGGCAUGUUAG